AUUGCUUUUAUUGACUGAAUAAAAACUUUUGGAGCAAUUAAGUGAAAUUGAAUACUUUCCUGUGGCACACCUGAUGAUCACAGUGGUUUGGAAUUGGUGUACUAGACUUUGCAAGUGUACUUAAUGAAGUGGCCCAUGACAAACUACCAUAAAUAAAUACAUAAUGUUUUACAGGCCGGUGGCGACACAACUUGCUCCACCGAAGAUCCCAGAGGGGGAAAGGGUGGACUUUGAUGAUAUUCACAGGAAGCGGAUGGAGAAAGAUCUUCUGGAGCUUCAGACCUUGAUCGACGUCCACUUUGAGCAGAGGAAAAAAGAAGAGGAGGAGCUCAUCGGGCUCAAAUCGAGGAUUGUAAUGUUUUUUUUUAUAUGCAAUAUAUAUGUGAAUAUUUUUUGUAUGUGUAGUGUAAGAUAUAUGCAGUUAAUGGAAAUGGCAAAGUGUCUUUUUGUGCCCCAGGAAAGUCGGCGGGCGGAAAGAGCUGAGCAGCAGCGCGUGAGGGCGGAAAAAGAACGCGACAGGCAGACCAGGAUCGCGGAGGAGAGGCAGAGGAAGGAGGAGGAAGAGGCCAAGAAGAGGGCUGAAGAUGAAGCCAAAAAGAAGAAAGUGCUGUCCAACAUGGGGGCUCACUUCGGAGGAUUCCUGGCCAAGGUGGAGCAGCGGCGCGGCAAGAAGCAAACGGCGAGGGAGAUCAAGAAGAAGACGCUGUCCGAGAGGAAGCAGCCGCUCGCCAUUGAUGACCUGAGAGAGGACGCCCUCAGAAAACGUGCCGGAGAGAUGUGGGAGUGCAUCUAUCAGCUGGAGUCAGAGAAAUUUGACCUAUGGGAGAAAAUGAAGAGUCAGAAGUAUGAGAUCACCGUCCUAUUGAAUAGAAUCCAACACGCGCAGAAGUUCAAAAAGGGCCACGGGAAGGGGAAGGUCGGCGGACGCUGGAAGUGAGUCGAAGCCCUCCGCUGACGAUAAAAAAA